AUGAACACAUCUCAACAGAUUAAUUUCUCCGCCAAUUGGAAAGUUGAGUCGAUAAUAAUAUCUGUGAUUUUCUCCAUCAUCUUUUUGGUGGGCACCGUUGGAAACUGUCUCGUGCUCGCCGUUCUCAUUCGCAACGGGCAGAUGAACACAAAGACCACCAAUCUUUUCAUCCUGAACCUUGUCUUGGCGGACCUCUGCUUCAUCGUUUUCUGCGUGCCUCUCCAAGCAACUAUCUACACCAUGGACGAGUGGGUCUUUGGACCCUUCGUGUGCAAAGCUGUGCACUUUAUCAUCUAUCUGACAAUGUACGCGAGUAUAUUCACGCUGGCAGCUGUGUCUCUGGACAGAUAUCUCGCCAUCCGCUACCCACUCCGUUCAAGAGAGAUGAGAACACCCCGUAACGCUCUGGCCUCCAUCAGUCUGGUGUGGGCGUUAUCUCUGUUCUUCUCCAGCCCUUAUCUCAGCUACUACCGACAGAUGGAUCUUGAUGGAGCCACCCUUUGCAUUCCAGCCUGGAAUAUCCAGCACCGUAAAGCUAUGGACGUCUGCACCUUCAUAUUUGGCUACCUGAUCCCAGUCCUCAUCCUCGGCAUCACCUACGCCCGCACCAUUCGUUACCUGUGGACGUCUGUGGACCCCAUGCAGGGCAUGUCGGAAUCCCGCAAGGCCAAGCGCAAGGUGACCAAGAUGAUAAUCAUCGUAGCUGUGCUCUUCUGCAUAUGCUGGCUGCCACACCAUCUGGUCAUCUUGUGCAUGUGGUUUGGCUACUUCCCGCUCAACCACACCACCUACGUCCUCCGCAUUCUCUCUCACUUGGUGGCUUACACCAACUCUUGCCUCAACCCCAUUGUGUACGCUCUGGUGUCCAAACACUUCCGGAAAGGCUUCAGGAAAGUGUUCGACUGUGCGUUCCAUAACCGGGUCGUAAACCGGGUUCAUGCUGUCCAGCCGGCGCAGACGGUGAGCUUGGUGGAAGCGGCUUCGAGCGAAGGCUCCAAUCAGAGCGAGGGGUCAUCCCGGGGUCGCCUGUGGAGCAAAAGCGGCAGGAAAAUGAUGACAAGCACGUUUAUGACAUUUAAUGUGACAUAA